AUGAGUAUCUCUGCCACCACCGCGAAGGCCUCUAGCCAUGGCUACGACCCGACUUUUACGGGCCAGGUCAUUGCCGCCACAGGACCCAAUGCACACAAGAGACUCGCCCAAAUCAUGCCGAGCCUUCUUCGUCAUCUCCACGAUUUCGCUCGAGAAGUAGACCUCACAGUCGCCGAGUGGAUGUCUGCGGUCGAAUUUAUCAACGAAGCCGGCCAAAUGUCCAACGACAGACGCAACGAAACCCAACUCGUCUGCGACAUCCUAGGUCUAGAAUCCCUCGUCGACGAAAUCUCCUCCAAGCUUCUCCGGAAAUCAUCCCCAGACUCCAUAGGCACCACUUCCUCCGCCAUCCUUGGCCCGUUCUACAGGAAAGACGCCCCCAUCCUCCCCAACGGCGCCAGCAUCGUCGCCCCCGAAACCCGCGACGCCUUCGCCAAGGACCUCGCCCACUUCUCCGGUCGCGUCGUCGACGACAAAGGGAACCCCAUCCCAAAUGCCAUCGUUGACGUCUGGCAUACGGCCCCGAACGGCAUGUAUGAGCAGCAGGAUCCAGAUCAGCCCGAUUUCAACCUGAGGGGUCGGUUCCGGACGGACGAAGCUGGAAAGUACUCUCUCUACUGCCUACGUCCAGCUCCUUAUCCCAUCCCCGACGACGGCCCGAGCGGAUUGCUUCUGAAACUCCUGGAUCGCCAUCCUUGGAGGCCUGCCCACAUUCAUGUCAUCGUGACUGCCGAUGGGUAUAGGCCCCUGACGACGCAGAUAUUCGACAAGGGCGACAAGUACUUGACGAAUGACACCGUUUUUGCAGUGAAGGAGGAUCUCAUUGUGGAAUUUGUUACCCGAAAAGACGAUCAGGAUGCAAAGUGGACACUGGUCUACGAUUUUGCCUUGUCUCGGGUGUAA